AUGCGUUCAGCAAUCUUUCUCGCAGUUCUAGUUGCCUUCAUUCCUACUGCAUUUACAGAAGAGCUCAGCGCAGAUGAUGUGCCCACCGCCUGCAAGACAAUCUGCCAACCCAUCGUCAACCUCACCAACGCAUGCGACAUCGACCCCAAGGGUCCCGAGAAACACAGUGACCGAAGACGAGACCUUGUCAUACUUGAUCACGAAGACGACGAUGAGCCCAUCGAAGCGGCUUGUAUAUGCACCAACAGGAGUUUCGACGUUGAGGGCGUGAUGGGACUCUGUGCGAGCUGUAUGGCACAGAAUAGCAAGGACACAGAAGAUAUCGAUAAGAUCAUGUCGCAAUGCUCCUUCUCGUCAACCUCUUACGUCCGUGCAGCCACGAGUGUAGUCUCAGGCAUCGAGGUUCAAGCUACGAAACCGGCUGCAACAAUAACUCCCAUUGCUACAAACACGGCUGCCGCAGCUACGGCAACUGAAACAGUUGGAAACAGCGCUGGGAAAGUCACAGGCUCUAUCAUGGCGAUUCUCUAUGCCUCCGAUUCCAGCAAUGGGGACUAA